AUGUUUCUUAAUUUGUUCUUACAUGGCGCUCGCGCUGCCGAGGACAAUAUCCCAACACAUCCAGAGGGAGGCUAUGUCUACUUCCUCUCUGCAAACGAUCCAGACUGGCAGGAUAAGUUCAUCAUUUCCAAACUUUCCAACAUCACAGGCGAGUGGGCUGUUGAAGAUGCAGUUGCUCCACAAGCUGUUCCAGGCGAGAAGCUCUUCAAGAUGAAGGCUGCUUCCAAGUACUACGGUGCUUCUAUCCCACUUGAAUCCCCACUUAAGCUCAAGGACGAAACACUUGUUAUCCAAUACGAAGUUCGUCUUGAGGAAGAACUUAACUGCGGUGGUGCCUACGUUAAGCUCUUCUCUAACGAGAACUACAACCAAGACCAAGUUUCAAAUGAGACAAAGUAUUCUAUCAUGUUCGGUCCAGAUAAAUGCGGCAGCACAAACAAGGUCCACUUCAUCUUCCGCCACAAGAAUCCAAAGACAGGCGUUAUCCAAGAGAAGCAUAUGACUGAUGCUCCAUCUAUCAAGACAGACAAGAACAACCACCUUUACACCCUCAUUGUCCGCCCAGACAACACAUUCGAAAUCCUUAUCGAUGCCGAAUCCGUCAAGCAGGGCAACCUUCUUACAGAUUUCGAUCCAUCUGUUAACACACCAAAGAUGAUCGAUGAUCCAACAGACAAGAAGCCAGCUGAUUGGGUUGAUGAGGCCAAGAUCCCAGACCCAGCUGCCAAGAAGCCAGAAGAUUGGGACGAAGAUGCUCCAGAAUACAUCCCAGACCCAGAGAAGGCUACAGCUCCAGAGGGCUGGCUUUUCGAUGAACCAAAGUUCGUUCCAGAUCCAGAUGCUAAGAAGCCAGAGGAUUGGGAUGAAGAUAUCCACGGCGAAUGGGAAGCUCCAACAAUUGCUAAUCCAAAGUGCGCUGCUGCUCCAGGCUGCGGUGAAUACGAAGCUCCACUCAUCAAGAACUCCGCUUACAAGGGCAAGUGGCAUGCUCCUCUUAUUGACAACCCAGCUUACAAGGGUGUUUGGAAGCCACGCCAGAUCGACAACCCAGACUACUUCGAGGAUAACCACCCACACAACUUCAUGGAAAUCACAGCUGUCGGCUUCGAUCUUUGGGAAGUCAACAAGAUGCUCGGUUUCACAAACAUCUACGUCGGCAAGGAUGAGGCUGCUGUCAUGAAGUGGAACGAAGACCACUUCAAGCCAAAGCACGUCAAGCAGGAGGCUGAACAGAAGAAGCUCGAACCAAAGCCAGCUGAACCAGCCGGUGAAGGAUUCGCUCAGAAGCUCUCCAACUACGUCCAGUCAUUCGUUGAUGCCUACAUGAACCUCUACAACCAGAACAAGGUUGUCGUCAUUGGCUGCACAGCUGCUAUCGUUCUCAUCCCAAUCAUCCUCAUCGUUGUCGUCUGCGCUAAGUCCGGCAAAGAGGAAGUAGAGGCUCCAGUAGAGAAGGCUGCCGAGAAGAAGGAAGAGAAGUCCUCCGAAGAAGCAUCAAAGGAAGAGGAAGAAAAGAAGGAAGAAGAAGAGAAGAAGGAGGAAGAGAAGAAGGAGGAAGAGAAGAAGGAAGAAGAGGAGAAGGAAGAAGAAGAAAAGAAAGAGGAAGAGAAGCCAGUCGAAAAGAAGGAAGCCGCUAAAAAGCGUACUUCAAAGCAUCAGGCUGAUAACUUCUAA